AUGAAGACCCCAUCCACCAUUCUUCGCGCCGCUAUCAUCUCCUCCAUCUUCCAAGCCUCCGAGGCUCUGGUUGGUCUCUCAUGGAGCGUCUCCGACGUCCCCAGCACAGGACUUAAGGACAUAACCUUCCCAAUCUCAAUGCCCGGUGCCACACACGAAUCCGGGUACUACUACGCCCAGCAAUUCGGCUUUAGCGGGCAAUCCGACGUCGGAUACACGGGUCUUCAGCCACGCCCGGAUUCCGGCUCCGAGUCCGUCGUUCACGCCGUCUUCUCUAGCUUUAUCAGCGGAACUACCACGAACGAUGCCAAUUGUAGCGACGGCGCUGACGGUGGUGCCGGCGUGAGCUGCGCGGUCGAGAUCAAAGCUACCUAUGCCCACGGAUACCUGUUAAAGGUCCAGAACACGGAGGGCACGACUUGGGCUGGUACACUGGUUGAUGCUGUUACGGGCACUGAGACGCAUAUCGGCUCUUACACGCUGCCUUCUGGAACGGGCGGUAUUCAGGGUUCCCAGGUUGGCUUUGUGGAGUAUUAUCCUUGGAACUCGGGUAGUCAUUCGUGCAGCCAGUUGCCCAAGACUUCGGUGACUUUUGGCGCGCCGACUACGUCGAGUGGAAACGCUGGAGCUCUGGAGAAGCCAUAUGAGUAUGGUGACUGUGUUGGUCAGGUCGAUUUUUUGACUCAGCAGAGUGGUGAUGGUUACGAGGUUAGCGUUGGGUUCUAA